AUGCCCUAUUACAGUCCUCCUAACAUCUUUCGACAGUCGGCAGUUAAAGCUAGAAAGGAAAAUACUCCUAAUACCCCCAAACUAGACACCCGCCGCAGUUCUUGGCAAAACGAUACCACACGGCUAAACUCACCACUUCUUCGACAAGUUUCCGGCGAUAUGAACGAUUACUACACCACGAAACAGCUUCGUAGCGAAUUCUGGACUUUACCUCACCAUGAAGCCGACGCCUCAAGCUUCCUCACGUCGCUCUCCAGCUCCGAUAGUGUAAUAUUGACUUCCAGUAUGGCACCGACCGACAACUUGCAAAUCUUCAGUCUCAAUGUUAACGACAAGGAAACAGCUCAGCUAGCUGAGCUGCAAACAAUCUCAGUGCCCGGCGCACUCAUCACCACUUCCUGCCUUGUUCCGCGAACCAUUGUCAACUCCAAACAGCCCGAUACCCACAACCGGCUACUCUGCUCCGGCCACCAAGACGGAGUUCUAAACUUGAUAUCCACGUCAGAAACCGAAGGCGGUGCCAAAGUCAUCAAAAGAUUCAAUCAUGCCAAAUUUCUCAAGUCCACAAGAACAGAGAGCUUAGAUGCGUUACUUCAGAGCAGAAGAGCUUCGCCAAUUAGAAAAGUUGAUUCGUGGAAUAAUAAAGGGUUCAUAUCCAUAGUCAAUGAAUCUUUAUUCAUCUACGAUUUCAACCAACACAGACUGCCAUUGUAUUUGCAAAGCUUCACAGGCUUGGAGGGUGUACAAGCAAACACCGAAAACCCUAAUCUUUUGUCACUUGUGGGCUCUUGCUUUGGUGCUAGUGGUCUUUCAUUGCUCGAUUUAAGGUGUGCUGGUGGCCAUGGGACACUUUACAGUCCUGACACUAGCGAAAACAACGAUCACAACGUAUCAUCAGCGUCCUGCUGGCUCAAUGAUUACACAGUUGCCAAUACCGUUGGUGAUUGCGUAAAAGUUUGGGAUAUAAGAUCUUCGGGCACCAAAUGCAUUGUCAGAGGACAUAAGGGCUCUGUAAAGUCUCUCAAAUACCAUCGCGAGUCUCAAAGACUUUUCACCUCUGACGAUCAAAACUAUACUCUGGCAUGGGACAUGCAAGAUUUGACCAAUGUGUCUGAGUGUCAUCUGGCCACGGGUUUUCAGAGCAUCUGCGAAGAAAACGUAUCACAAAUAAGACAAUGCGGUAACGUUGUGUCGGGUCCUAAUACCGCAUCCUCACAGACUCUCCAGUCGGGCGUGUGUGGAUAUACGUUACUGGAUACCUAUCAAGAUGGGUCAUUGUUAACUUUAAACUCAAGCGAAUUAGGACUGCAUACAGUUAAAGACGUCAAGAAAUCGCUGGUGCCUUUGAGAAACCCACUUCGAAUCCAGGCUACCACUGAAGAUACUAAUGUCGAGUCAGACAGCACUAUGAACCAAGAUUCUAUUGUUUCCACAUGGGAAAACACAUCUGAUGGCACCAUUGAAGGUGACGAGUUCAAUACCCCGGUGAAGAAUGGGCCACUUAGCCCACUCUUAAUUCAAGAGCACAAGCACAAAGUUCUGAACCCGAGCAUAUACUCACUUAAGGAAUUCGAGUUAAGUGGUUCAACUAUAUAUAAUGAGAAUAUAAUACAUGAGGAGAUCCUCUUGUAA